CUGAUUAUUUUGAGCUAAAGACAAUUAAGGCCCAAAAGACUCAACAAGAGUUUUUUAACUUCCUCCCCCAACUGCUUAAAAGAAUUUACAUAGAGGGCCUGGUCCAGGAAGAAAGCUAUCACCAGAAAUAAUUAGAAUUUCCUACCUAAAGGAUCAUGAGUUGGCGCGACUUAAUCACAUCAGCCAGUAUGUGAAGGUGCCUUGCAAAUUAAGAGCGCUACUAAAGUAUUGUGUAAUUCAAAGCCAUCAUCCAAUACGUGAGGAAACUGGGCCCUCCGCUGUGGGCAGACACGUCCAGUGUCACAAAGAAAGCUAACUUAUUUUCCCGAGAUAAGACUUCUACGUAAACACUCACCGUCGCCCAGGUGGGUUCUGGUGAAAACUAAAUUGCGCCAAAUCUCGUGCCGCCGCGGUUCGGGGGCGGGGCGGGGCGGGGAGCACGAAGUAUCGCGAGAUGAUGGCGUUUUCCCGCGAAGGAGAAGCGCGCGUUUUUCCCUGGCCGGGGAUUUGACGAGGAGGCUGGGCAGGCGGCAGCCGAGAGAGUUUAGCGCGCUCCGUUGCGGACGCUGAGGAGAGGACCCAGUUUUGGAGUGUGUGUCAGCUAUGCCGGCGCAGCGGCCCGCGAGCAGCGAUGAGUCCCUGGCUCCAGAUCCGGUUGAAGAGCCCGAGACCGCCGUGAUUACCCAAGCCAUGCUGGAGGAGGAAGAACAGCUCGAGGCUGCUGGACUCGAGAGGGAGCGAAAGAUGAUAGAAAAGGCUCGCAUGUCUUGGGAUAGAGAGUCCGUGGACAUUCGGUACCGUAGACUUCAACAUUUGCUUGAAAAAAGCAAUAUCUACUCCAAAUUUUUAUUAACUAAAAUGGAACAGCAACAACUAGAGGAACAGAAGAAGAAAGAGAAAUUGGAAAGAAAAAAGGAAUCUUUAAAAGUUACUAAGGGUAAAAAUUCCACUGAUGCAAGUGAAGAGAAUCCAGUUAUGAGAAAGAAGAGAGGAAGAGAAGAUGAAUCAUACAAUAUUUCAGAGGUCAUGUCAAAAGAGGAAAUUUUGUCUGUGGCUAAAAAAAAUAAAAAGGAGAAUGAGAAUGAAACCUCCUCUUCUAAUCUCUGUGUAGAAGACCUUCAGAAAAACAAAGAUUCAAAUAGUAUGAUUAAAAAUAGAUUGUCUGAAACGGUUAGGCAGAAUACUAAAUUCUUUUUUGACCCAGUUCGGAAAUGUAAUGGCCAACCCGUACCCUUUCAACAACCAAAACACUUCACGGGAGGAGUGAUGCGGUGGUACCAAGUGGAAGGCAUGGAAUGGCUUAGGAUGCUUUGGGAAAAUGGAAUAAAUGGCAUUUUAGCAGAUGAAAUGGGAUUGGGAAAGACAGUUCAGUGUAUUGCUACAAUUGCACUGAUGAUUCAGAGAGGAGUACCUGGACCUUUUCUUGUCUGUGGACCUUUGUCUACACUUCCUAACUGGAUGGCUGAAUUCCAAAGAUUUACACCAGACAUUCCUACUAUGUUAUAUCAUGGAACCCAGCAGGAACGUCGAAAAUUAGUAAAGAAUAUUCACAAGCGUAAAGGGACACUGCAGAUUCAUCCUGUGGUAAUUACUUCAUUUGAAAUAGCCAUGAGAGACCGAAAUGCAUUACAGCACUGCUAUUGGAAAUACUUAAUAGUAGAUGAAGGACACAGGAUUAAAAACAUGAAAUGCCGUCUGAUCAGGGAGUUAAAACGAUUUAAUGCAGAUAACAAACUUCUUUUGACUGGUACUCCCUUGCAAAACAAUUUAUCAGAACUUUGGUCAUUACUGAACUUUUUGUUGCCAGAUGUAUUCGAUGACUUGAAAAGCUUUGAAUCUUGGUUUGAUAUCACUAGUCUUUCAGAAACUGCUGAAGAUAUUAUUGCUAAAGAACGAGAACAGAAUGUAUUGCAUAUGCUGCACCAGAUUCUAACACCUUUUUUACUGAGAAGACUAAAAUCUGAUGUUGCUCUUGAAGUUCCUCCCAAGCGAGAAGUAGUUGUUUAUGCACCGCUUUCAAAGAAACAAGAGAUCUUUUACACAGCCAUUGUGAACCGUACAAUUGCAAACAUGUUUGGAUGCAGUGAGAAAGAAACAGUUGAGCUAAGUCCCACUGGACGACCAAGACGGCGUUCCAGAAAAUCAAUAAAUUACAGCAAAAUAGAUGAUUUCCCUAAUGAAUUGGAAAAAUUGAUCAGUCAAAUACAGCCAGAAGUAGACCGAGAAAGAGCUGUUGUGGAAACGAAUAUCCCUCUAGAGUCUGAAGUUAAUCUGAAGCUGCAGAAUAUAAUGAUGCUCCUUCGUAAAUGCUGUAAUCAUCCGUAUUUGAUUGAAUACCCAAUAGACCCGGUCACACAAGAGUUUAAGAUUGAUGAAGAGUUGGUAACAAAUUCUGGGAAGUUCUUAAUUUUGGAUCGAAUGCUGCCAGAACUAAAAUCCAGAGGUCACAAGGUGCUGCUAUUUUCACAAAUGACAAGAAUGUUAGAUAUUUUGAUGGAUUACUGCCACUUUAGAAAUUUCAACUUCAGCAGGCUUGAUGGAUCCAUGUCUUAUUCAGAGAGAGAAAAAAAUAUGCACAGCUUCAACACAGAUCCAGAGGUGUUUAUCUUCUUAGUCAGUACACGAGCUGGUGGCCUGGGCAUUAAUUUGACUGCAGCAGAUACAGUUAUCAUUUAUGAUAGUGAUUGGAAUCCCCAAUCUGAUCUUCAGGCCCAGGAUAGAUGUCAUAGAAUUGGUCAGACAAAGCCUGUUGUUGUAUAUCGUCUUGUCACAGCAAAUACUAUUGAUCAGAAAAUUGUGGAAAGAGCAGCUGCUAAAAGAAAACUGGAAAAGUUGAUCAUCCACAAAAAUCAUUUCAAAGGUGGUCAGUCUGGAUUAAAUCAAUCUAAGAACUUCUUAGACCCUAAGGAAUUAAUGGAAUUAUUAAAAUCUAGAGAUUAUGAAAGAGAAGUAAAAGGAUCAAGAGAGAAGGUCAUUAGUGAUAAAGAUUUGGAGUUGUUGCUAGAUCGAAGUGAUCUCAUUGAUCAAAUGAAUGCCUCAGGACCGAUUAAAGAGAAGAUGGGGAUUUUCAAGAUACUAGAAAAUUCUGAGGAUUCCAGUCCUGAAUGUUUGUUUUAAAUUGGAACUAAAGACUGCCCUUAAAGUUCUUGUUUACAUCUAGUGAUUUACCUGUAUUGGUUUUAAAAUCCAGAUUAUCCGCUUUACUUUUUUGGUUGUAUCAGUUUACAUAAUGAAACUUGUACCAUUGCAUAAUUAAUAGAUGGUAAUUUUCUGAGCCUUAUUAAGAACAAAGAAGUACUCAUAGUAAGUUUAAAUUUUUCCGUUAAUUUUUUGGGCUCGGUAAUAUUCUUGGGUACAGGCUGAUGUGUACUUAACAAUUGCCAGAUUUAUACAGUCUUCCUGUGGAAGUUUAAAGUCUUUCCCCCCUUUUAGGAGUACAGUUCAUGGGUUUGGGGUACUUCAUUUAUGGAGUAGGCUUUUGAUGGGGGAAUGAUUGGGAUUAUGCUUUCUGGUGUUUAAAUAAGAAAUUGUUUGGUUUUAGAGUCUAUUUCUAUAAAAUAAAUUGCCAAAUAAAUGUUUGUUAUAUGAUGA